AUACUUUUCCGCCUCUUGAAAAACUAUUUUACACCGUGUGUCACAUCUGUUUUUCUAUGUUUUUUUGCAUUAGCAGCAGUUCAAUAAGCAUGGGACGUGGUUUAUCUUGGUGACAUUCAAAGCGAGAUUAAUUCUGCAAGGAGAGACAUGCCUAACGAAAACGUGGCGUUGGGAAUAUAUCGUUGUGCACCGAGAAAUGAUCUGUUUGUAUCGGGUUUGAUUAUGAUAGGCUCCUGCCCUGCUGAGACUAUACGAUGACUCCGGGCGGCAGGCGGAAAGUUGAAGAAAAAGUCUCUGCAUACGAGACGUUUAUAAACGAGGUCUUGAAGCGAGAUUUGCAAACGGUGCUGGAGCAGAGAGAUGAGAUCUACGAGAAGAUCGCCCAGUAUUUGCAGCUGAAGAACGUGAUUGAAAGCCUUCAGGAAUCGGGAAGCAAGGAGCUUAAAACGGAUGUGGACCUGGGCUGUAAUUUUUAUGUCCAGGCUCAUGUUGAGGAUCCUUCCAAGAUCUUCGUUGCCGUGGGAUUCGGGUUCUUUGUGGAGUUCACGCUGCCCGAAGCCCUGAAGUUUAUAGAGAGGAAGACCAGCCAGCUGACAGAACACAGCGACAAGUUAACGAAAGAUUCAGCCAAAAUCAAAGCCAACAUUCGCAUGGUGUUGGAGGGUCUGAGAGAACUGCAGGACCUGAAAGAUCUUCCUGAGGAGAGAAGGCGAGAAGUCUUCUAGAGCAGCGCUGUCUGUUUCUUUCUUCUAGAACCCUAAGUGGGGGAGGGGUGGGAGGGGGGGUGAUUGUUCAUUUUAAUUCGGAAAUCGGCAAGUAAAUGGUCAGCCAAUUCGUGGCUCAGUCUCUGUUUCCGAGCUGCAGUUCCCCUGGACUCCUGUUCCCGGUUAUCCAGCAGCAGGAAGCACUGGGGGCUUUAAGGAGAGACUGAUCGCUGGGAGUGAACAGACUGACUUGGCUGCUUUCAUCUUCGCCGUACGCUCCGCCUCCUCCUGAAUAAAACCCAGACGCAGCCUUUCCGUUCCCUACCUAGUCUUGAACAUAAACGGAUGUGAGUAGUGGAGAUCAGGCCUAGUCUUCGGACCGGGGAAGAUUGUGGCGUUUUCCCUCUCGGGAGUGACGUGCAGCCUGAGUCCGGAACGACGGGGGACUUGAGGGAAGAGUCUGGCUUCUUCUCGGGAAUAAAAUCCUGGCUGGAAACAGCACAUCGGCUUCCGGUGACAGAAAAGUGCAUUCAGUGACAGAAUUACAGCUUGAGUGGAGAAGAGAUAUGCUGUAUUUGAUUAAACGGCAGGAAGGCAAUGCUUAACUUAUGUAGCCAUGAAGUUUAGAGUUAACUGCAUUAAACAGCAAUGGUUGACAUGAA